AGAGCAGAGGAAGGAGACGACAGACGAGCUGAAGGCUGCCUGCCCUGUGUUGUGUCUGUUGGCUGCAUCUAGAGAGCUGCUAGUGGCCGGUCUAUGGACGGCCGAAGGGACGUCGACGACGGUGGCGUCGCCGGAGCGGCGGCGCAGGAGCGGCGGUGGCGCGGUGGCGGUGGCGACGACGAGGAGAGUAGUGGUUUGAGCAACGGCGGCGGCGGCGGAGGAGGCGUUGAGCUCAGCCUGCGCCUCAGGACGGGGGCGGACGACGGUGCCGCGACUGCGGCUGCUCUUCCUCCGCCGCCGCUGCCGCCGCCGGCGGAGGCGAGGAGGAACAUGACCAUCUUCUACAACGGCCGGGUGUGCGCCGCCGACGUCACCGAGAUCCAGGCAAGGGCGAUCAUAUCCAUGGCGAGCGAGGAGACCCUGGCGGACCACCGGGGACGGCGGCGGCGGCAGCAGCAGCAGCUGACGCGGGUAGACGGCGGCGACGGCCGGCAGCAGGACGGCGACAGCAGCAGCAGCAGCACUACGACUAGCGCCGUGGCGCUGGCGCGGCGGUGCGCGCGAGGCAGAGGCCUCGUGGGACCGGCGGUCGACAUCGACCAGGCGGCGGACGCCGGGCUGUCCAUGAAGCGGUCGCUGCAGCUGUUCCUGCAGAAGCGCAAGGCCCGGACGGCCGCCGCCGCCGCCCCGCCCUACGCCGGCGGACGCCAGGCUCAGGCUGUCAGGCGAUGAGGCACUAACAGACCGCCCGGCCUUGCUGACGUCGUCCUCUGCUUGCUAGCUAGAUAAAAUACUACUAGUACCUGUUAUUAGUGCCUCAUCGCCUGACUUGAGGGGCAUCGCUCACAGUAUAUAUACGUAGUUUAUCUCUUUUUUUUCCCAACGUAAGAGGAAGACGUGGUUUGUUUGUUUGUUUUCGACGAGAUUGGAAUUUGAUUGGGUUCUGAUGCUGCCUGUUGUU